UCACUUUUAAAACAUUUUAUUUUUUUGAAACAUUAAAAACAUCUGAAAUAUUUAUCUUUCCUUCUGAUUGCCAUCAAACCCUAACAAAAUAACAAACAGACGAGACACUUGUCUUGUGAGUGCUCAAUUUCCUCUUACAGUACAGUACAGUACAGUACAGAAGCUUCACCUAACAAAAAUGUCUGCAGUCAGAUAGUCUGCAGACAGUCAGAUCUCCUCUCUUAAUAAUAAAAUAUUACAAGCUGAGACUGGACACCAAAUCAAGUCCUCUCCACCACACAGGCAUGGCACCUGUUACAAUGAUACUGAGAAUCAUAAUCAUUUUGUAUGUGACUUCAUCAUUGAAAAUGCAAAGCCUGAGUCAUGCACAGACAGUGAGCGAGGAAAUGCUUGGAGUAAAUACAUGGCAUACAACACUGCCACCUUACAUGGAUGAAACUGGAAACAACUUAAAACAAGAACAACAGUCAAAUUGGAAAUCAUUCAAAUUCUUGAUCAGCAUCAAAAUAAAUGCCUCAAGGCAAAUGGUACAGGAUCGCCUGAGGACACUUCUUAAAGGAUACUCAUUUCCAUAUAGUGUCAGCCAAAAUGUCAUCAUAACCAAUGUGAAUCUCAAUACAACUCAACCUCUAAAACUGUUCAAAUACAUAACUGACAUAAAAAUCAAUGCACCAAGAGGAGCCAUGAUAGACCAAUUGAGGGACCUGAUACACAAACAGAAAUACCCUGUGUGCAUCAAGAAAACCUUGAAAAUAUCUGCUGUGAACAUCACUACAGUGUGUGUCUCAAAUUCAAACAAAAGCUGCUGCAAAUGUGAGAAUCAAUAUGUUUGGCCCUCUGAACAAUGCUCUAAACAUGGUGUUUGUGGCCCCAAUCAUAAUGAUACCUGCAGAUGCAUCACUUCUCUUCCAUCUGAUGGGCCAUUCUGCCGGCGACCACCUGUUUUUGCAGCGCCACUGAAGUCGUUCAAAUACAACAUUGACAUAAAAAUCAAUGCUUCAAGAGAUGCUGUGAUAGAGCACUUGAGGGCUUUGAUUCAUGGACAGAAAUUCCCCACUUGUGUCAAAAAAGGCAUAAAAAUAUCUGGCGUGAACAUCACUACAGUUUGUCUCUCAAAUGUGAACAAAACCCAGUGUAAGUGUGAGAAUCAAUAUGUUUGGUCUUCUGAACAAUGCUCUAAACAUGGCGUUUGUGGCCCCAACCAUAAUGAUACCUGCAGAUGCAUCACUUCUCUUCCAACUGACGGGCCAUUCUGCAGGCGACCACCUGUUUUUGCAGCUCAACUGAAGUCAUUCAAAUACACAAUUGACAUAAAUAUCAAUGCUUCAAGACAUGCUGUGAUAGAGCCCUUGAGGGCUUUGAUUCAUGGACAGAAAUUCCCCAUGUGUGUCAAAAAAGGGAUGAAAAUCUCUAGUGCUAAUAUCACUAUAGGUUAGAGAAGUAUAAGAGGUGUAAUGCCUUUCUUUCCAAAUUAAUUCAAUA